CCCAGGUACUUACAGUUGUUUUGCCCACAAACACACACGUCAAAGUAUCUCAGAACAUGUUCGAAAUCAUUAGCCUAUCAGCGCGACGCUCCCGACCAGAAAUCAGCCACUCAGCCAAUUGGCAUUGCCUAGCAGAAUUUAGAAUGUUCAAAACUGCCCCGCCAUGUUGUUAUUUUGAGUUAACGAACUUGGAAGUCGUUUAUCUGACUACCCACGUCCAAAAAGGGUGCUAGCUGGGCAGCUAUAACUUUGAAAUCACCACUAACAACUCCUUUUUCCAACAGGAUCAUGGACUCCAUGGAAGCUCGUUUCGGCCACCUGCGUCGGCGUGACACCAGUGUGGACAUGCUGCGUGUGAAGAUGUUUCGGAGACUGUCGCAGUCCCAGGAGAACCGAGACAAGGCCCUGAACAGCCGCAGACACCUUGACAAUCUCCCGGAGUUGUAAUGUUCUCAACUGGACAUGUCGGUUGCUGAAAAUGUGUCAGUAGUCCAGGAAAAUGUACCGAAUGCAAAACAAGUGAAAAACGCUGCAGUGGAGGAGCGAAUGAAAAAGCUUGCCCGCUACAAAGAGAAGAAGGAGCUUGUGAAGGAGAAAGAGAAGAGGGCAAGGGAGAUGAAGGGGGUGUUCAAGGUUGGGCUGUACCGGCCAGAGGCCCAGCCCCUGGUCCCUCUGCCGCAGGCCCCAGUUGCCACAAUCAAAGCCAGGGCAACAACGCUAGUGGUCCAGCCCCAAUCCACCAGAGUGACUCGCUCCACCAGGCCCCCAAGCCUAUUGACACUUCCUGUUUCAAGAAAAGUUGAACCAGCUGUGGUCAGGUCAGCCAGAAGGACCAGGAUUGCUAUAGUUGAACCAGUAGUCAGAGCCCCAUCCACAAGGUCAGCUAAUAGGCCUCGGGUCUCUGUGGCCCCUGUGGCAAAGGACAAACCUGCUGCAGCUCCCAAGACCAGAUCAAAAGCCAAGCAGUCUGCAGCACCACCUGUUGGCAGAGGGAGGAACACCAGGGGAAAAGCUAUGAGCAAUAAGCAGGCUGCUGUGAAAGUGGACAAGCCAUUAGAGGAGCCUAGGGCUGCCAGCCCCACACCCCUUAGUGCAGAGGAGCAGGAGGAUGAGAAGAUGGUAGAAGACCUUGUUCAUCCAGCUCCAGAACCUGUCUCAGCCCAGGCCGACUGUAUCCCCCCUUCAGCCUCCAACUUGUUCUCAUUCCCCCCCCAGGGCUUUGUGUUCCAGGCCCCAGCCAGCCUGUCCUCCUUCAACCCCAACCCUCUCACUCCCCGCUCUGCAGACUCCUUUUUCAAACCCAGUGUCUCAGUUCUACACCCUGUUCAACUCUGGCCAUCUGAUAACCUGGUGCCCAAAAUGGAGCUCAGUGCCCUCUCUCCUGCCAAGUCCCCUGUUCACUCCCCACCUCGCCCUUCUCCUACUCUUGCCCCUCGGUGUCUUCCGAGUCCCAAGGAACCAGAGCAUGAUGUGCCCUACUUCAGGUUAGUGGUAGUCAGUGAGACAGAGAGGCUGACAGAAUUUUGUCAGCAGUGGGAGCCCAGGGUGGUUGAUGCCUUUGUCCCUGAAGAGAUGUGUGACCGUAUGCGUACGGCGGUGGGCCAGCUGCUGAUGGAGAGGUUUGGUCAGUUCUCUGGCCUGGUGGAUGACUGUGAGCUGGGCAGAGGAGAGAAGAUCACCACCUGCACUGACCUGCAAGGCUUCUGGGACAUGGUGUACUACCAGGUAGAGGACGUGAACAAGAAGUUUGGUGCUCUGAAGGAGGCAGAGUCUAAAGGUUGGCAGGAGGAAAGCAAAUCCCCACCACGACAGAGGAAGGUGGUCAAGAAGCUGCCCUCUGCUCUGGUGGCUAAGCCUGCCAGUGGUGCUGUCGCCAAGUCUCGUCUGGUUGCCAUCAAGGCUGCAAUAAAGGCCAAGCAGCAGGCUGCAAAGGCAGCGCAGGCAGGCAGUGCUGUGGACGACCCUGCUCCAGCUCCCGAGGACCCCCAGGCGGAGACCCAGGCCCCAGAACCAUCGGUGGUGAUGUUCCAGGGAGGCUUCUUCCAGGUGGAGAGUCCUGCCAAACUCACAGGCUCUGUGAGGAGAUCCACCCAUGUAUCUGCCAUGCCUCAGGCAUCUCCCUGUUCAGUCACCAAGUUCUCCAUCCCCGGCAGAACCCGCCACUCCAACACUGCUGCAGCUGCACACGCCUCCCCUCUCCCCCAUACCACUACCUGCUCCACCCUUACCCUUGCUCACCCACCCUCACCACUGCCUGCUCCACCCUCACCCCUGCCUACCUGUUUAAUGCCACCCCACUCCGUACCCCUCACCCUGAUCCUCAGUUCUACACCCCGGCCCCCACCCAAAGUAGCCCCACCAGAGUCUCUCUCUGCAUCUCAACAGUCAAAGAAGCUCUGGACACCCAGUCAGAGGAAGGCCCCAGCAACCAACCAGAGCUAGCCUCUGUGCAGAAUGUCACUCCUGACCAACCAGAGCCCGAGAGCAUGCAGGAAGAUGUAGCUUGUGACCAAUCUGAGGUUGUUUCAGAGCCCACUGUUUGCCCUGAGGAGCACUCCGAGAGCUGUGAAUCACCAUCCAACACACAACAGCUGACCAAUGACGAACAGCAUCGAGAAGCCUUCAGCCAAUCGGUGUUGGCCACAGAAGAGCCCAACCAAUUAGAGCUCCAGGACAGAAAAGAGGCUUUAGAGGCCUAUGAUACCAGCCUACCCAUCUCAUCAUGGCUCCCAGUCUCCCCAAGUCUCCCCAUCUCCUCAAGACUUCCCCUCUCACCCUCACUGCCCCACUACCAUGGAGCAGAGUCCUAUCCAGUCAGGAGCCCUGCCUUCAGCUUCACCCUCUCCCCCACCCCAGCCAGGCCAAGAUUUACUGAGGCCUGCCAAUCUCCCCUCUCCUCCCCCUGCUUGGUGCCCCCCUCCUCUCCUCCUGCUGUCCAGGUCUCCCUCAGCUUCCCAGCUGAUGCCGACGUACAAGGGACCGUGGCUCCAGACACUUCCAUCACAGAGGGUCUUCCGGGGUUGGACUUUGAGCGCUACCUCCAACCUGCAGUGAGGUGUAGCCUGUCACCACGGGAGCCAGCUGUUGCAGAGGAGAUGCUGUCGCCCAUGGUGAUAGACGUAGAAAUGGAGAGUCCGUUUGCUCUCUGUAGAGACCCCUCAGGAGGAAGUGUCGACUCCCACAGGUACUGUGUGUGUGCUUGGAUACGGUUAGUCUUAGAUAUUUGUAUUCCUUAUGGUGGAUUUGUUUUCAUUUUCCCGACUUCACUCCCAUCACAGCAUCUCCCAGUUUCACACAAAUGUUCAUCCCACGGAUCACACAGGUUAACUUCCUUGUUUUACUCUUCUUUCUCUCGUGUGUGUGUUAGUACCAGUCAACUGUUUGGACACACCUACUCAUUCAAGGUUUUUUCUUUACUUUUACUAUUUUCUACAUUGUAGAAUAAUAGUGAAGACAUCAAAACUAUGAAAUAACACACAUGGAAUCAUGUAGUAACCAAAAAAGUGUUAAGCAAAUCAAAAUACAUUUUAUAUUUGAGAUUCUUCAAAGUAGCCACCCUUUGCCUUGAUGACAGCUUUACACACUCUUGGCAUUCUCUCAACCAGCUUCAUGAGGAAUGCUUUUCCAAGUCUUGAAUGAGUUCCCACAUAUGCUGAGCACUUGCUGGCUGCUUUACCUUCACUCUGCGGUCCAACUCAUCUCAAUUGGGUUGAGGUCGGGUGAUUGUGGUGGCCAGGUCAUCUGAUGCAGCACUCCAUCACUCUCCUUCUUGGUCAAAUAGCACUUACACGACGUGAUGGGUCAUUGUUGAAGAACAAAUGAUAGUCCCACUAAGCGCAAACCAGAUAGGAUGGCCUAUUGCUGCAGAAUUCUGUGGUAGUUAUGCUGGUUAAGUGUGCCUUGAAUUCUAAAUAAAUCACUGAGUGUCACCAGCAAAGCACCAUCAUACCUCCUCCAUGCUUCACGGUGGGAACCACACGAGAUCAUCUGUUCACCUACUCUGCAUUUCACAAAGACAUGGUGGUUGGAACCAAAAAUCUCAAAUUUGGACACCUCAGACCAAAGGACAGAUUUCCACCAGUGUAAUGUCCAUUGCUCGUGUUUCUUUGCCCAAGCAAGUCCUCAUCAGAGCCAGUUUCAUCAUAUAGCUUGAUGGUUCUUGCGACCACAAUUAAAGAAACGUUCAAAGCUCUUGACAUUUUCCGGAUUGACUGACGUUCAUGUCUUAAAGUAAUGAUGGACUAACUUGUUAUUUUACCAAAUAGGGCCAUCUUCUGUAGGGCCAUCACCCCUACCUUGUCACAACACAACUGAUUUGGUUACUACAUGAUUCCAUAUGUGUUAAUUCAUAGUUUUGAGGUCUUCACUAUUCUACAAUGUAGAAAAUAGUAAGAAAAAAAAACUGGAAUGAGUGUGUCCGAACUUGACUGGUACUGUAGAUAUACUGAAUGUACAAAACAUUAUGACACUGACCAGGUUAAAGCUAUGAUCCCUUAUUGAUGUCACUUGUUAAAUCCACUUCAAUCAGUUUAGAUGAAGGGGAGAAGACUGGUUAAAGAAGGGUUUUUAAACCUAGUGUCAAUUGAGACAUGGAUUGGCACAACUCAAUAUUAGGAAGGUGUUCUUAAUGUUUUGUACACCCAUUGUAUGUGUGCCAAUCCAUUUGGUGUUGAAUGACUUUCUCACUUUGGUGUUCUGAAAUAUGUACUUUUUUUGUUGUUUAUUUCUUAUUUUACUAUUAGGUAUGCAUUCCUCAACUAACCCAUGCUGUCCCCAUUUCCUCUCCAGCCAGUUGAGUCAGCCAGUCAAUGUGCCCCAGUGACCUCAUGUCGUUCACACCUCCCUCUGACAGAACGAGCAACUGAUGAGACUGAUUUGCAUAACUGCUGUUGUAUAUUUUGCUACACUAGUUUAUAGUUUCAAAAAUAUUAUUUUUUAUAUGCAUUUUUAGAAUAGUUUUUUGUAACUUUCAUUACACUGUUUUGUGCUAUCUGUACUAUUUUAUUAUUUAAUACCAAAAAGGCACCAGGUAGUGUUAACUAUUAACCACAUUCUAUAUGGAGCCCAGGUUUUCUAUACGAAAUCAACUUUGUUGCUAUAUUGAAUAUGUGUGUGUAAAUAAAAUGUAGAUUCUUCAAAUUUGCUACCAAGAGAAUUUUUUUUUUGCCACUUCUUCCACAACGACCAAACAAUGACUGAAU